AAAAACAAACCAUCGCGUGGGCGCUAUGUCAACUGUCCGCCAUUUUGUAUUUUGUCUUGUUUUCGUUUUAUUUGAAUCGAUUUUGACAUUUUGAUCUGGUUUCCGGGUUUAUUAUUAGUCUAUUUCUAUUAGUGACUGUCAAUAAAUACUCGGAUUAUUCAAUAGAGGAUUAAAGAACUGAAGUGUAACAGUGGCAUAAAAAGGACAGCAAAGAUGAUGACCAUAAGCGAGAAUUUUUACUCCUCCAACAAAAUGUCGAACAUCUACAAGAUGAAUGAUAGAGUUGUUCAUCGAGACAGCUACGAUGACGUUAAGAGUUCUUCAUCAGAGAAGUGCGAGCUGCUUACGAAACGGGGUUUCAAGCCUUCCGACAUGUUCGAUCCUCAGAAAAAAGCAUUCCUUACCAACCUCAGUUAUAAAUUGUUCCCUAAUGACACCGAAUUCUCCCGUGAUGCGACCGCAAUACCGCAGUUGGAGCAACCAGCUAAUGAUACCGAAUACUCCCGCGAGGCGACCGCCGUCCCACAGCUGGAAAAGCCUUUUGAGGACCUGGAGAGCAAGCCCGUGCUGCCGGGCGAGAAGGAGAUCGACUUGAACAAGAUCUUUACGCCAGCACCUGAUGCUGAAGAGCAUCUCAUAAAGAAAGAUCGCAAGUUUGAGAAGACAUUCGCGUCAUCGGCAUUCUACGUGCCCGGAGUGCACCCAACGGUCAAGGAGCAAAUGGACUUAGCGCGAGCCAUCUCUAAGUCCCUCAGUGACUCCAGCAACCACAUGAGCAAGGGUCAAAACAUGUUCGUGAAGAGGAAGAAACGGUCCGUCAAAUGGGUGCAUGAAGGACAAGGACGGAAUAUAUCCAACAACUGUUCAACGCCGACCCCAGUGGCAGUUCAUGACACGCCGUACCGUCCGCCAUCCAGCCUUCGCAACCAGAAAACCUAUCCAAAAUCAGCACUCAAGCAUAGCCCUAACUAUAUUCCCAGAAUGGAGCCCUUCCCACUAUCGCCUCCUACCAUUUCCUUAUCUAACUUAGAAAUACCGGUACCACUUGCUCCUACAAAACUGAAUGAUGUCUACGCUGCCCCUGUUAGUCCGCGGCUGCCGCUAGUAAAUGGACCGAAUUUCAACGUGGCGCCCCGAGGUUGGGGUGAGAUGAAGGCUUACUACCGACCGGUGUCCCUAGAUGGCGUUGGCAAAGUCCCGGUGUCAUUUACCGACUAUUAAAUUCGUUAUUUUUAAAUUUUAUAAGAUUUGUUUCGAAAUAAUUUAUUUUUUAAAUAACGGAUCAUUAUUUUAAGUAUAAAAUUGUAAUUUUGAGUUGUUCAU